AUGAAGAUGAUGAGAGAGCUGGACCCCUUCUGCUGUGAGGACAGGGGAAACGGACCGCGACAGCCCGAGCACCACCGGCGGGAGGGUAACCCCAGCGAGACACCGGUGGUGUACCGGGCAGGACCCGGGCAGGGCCUCGAGGUGCGGGAGCAGCUCCAGGGAACCGGGGGGGCACCGGGGGAGCAGCGGUACCAGCGGCAGCCGGUUCCUCUGCCUGGGCCCUGCGCGGUUUUAGUACAGGGCUGGGCAUAUUCCCUUGUGGAUUCCAGUCAAGUGUCUACUUUCCUGAUUUCUAUUCUCCUCAUAGUCUACGGCAGUUUCAGGUCUCUUAACAUGGACUUUGAGAAUCAAGACAAAGAGAAAGACAAUAGCAGCGCAGCUGGGUCUUUUAAUGGCAACAGCACCAAUAACAGUAUUCAAACCAUUGAUUCUACCCAGGCGUUGUUCCUGCCAAUCGGAGCGUCUGUGUCUCUCCUAGUUAUGUUCUUCUUCUUUGAUUCAGUUCAAGUUGUCUUUACAAUAUGCACAGCAGUCCUCGCAACAAUAGCUUUCGCUUUCCUUCUGCUCCCGAUGUGCCAGUACUUAACACGGCCUUGUUCACCUCAAAACAAGAUUUCCUUUGGCUGCUGCGGGCGUUUCACUGCUGCUGAGUUGCUCUCAUUUUCUCUGUCUGUGAUGCUUGUCCUUAUCUGGGUCCUAACUGGCCACUGGCUCCUUAUGGAUGCUCUGGCUAUGGGCCUGUGUGUCGCAAUGAUAGCCUUUGUUCGGCUGCCGAGCCUGAAGGUUUCCUGCUUGCUGCUCUCUGGGUUACUAAUUUAUGAUGUCUUUUGGGUCUUUUUUUCUGCCUACAUCUUUAACAGUAACGUUAUGGUGAAAGUGGCCACACAACCAGCUGAUAAUCCCCUUGACGUUUUAUCCCGGAAACUUCACCUGGGACCAAAUGUGGGCAGAGAUGUUCCCCGUCUGUCGCUGCCUGGUAAACUUGUAUUUCCAAGUUCCACAGGCAGCCACUUCUCUAUGCUGGGGAUCGGAGAUAUUGUGAUGCCAGGUCUUCUGCUCUGCUUUGUCCUGCGCUACGAUAACUACAAAAAACAAGCCAACAGUGAUUCCUGUGGUGCCCCAGGACCAGGGAACAUCUCUGGGCGUAUGCAGAAGGUCUCUUACUUUCACUGCACACUUAUUGGAUAUUUUGUAGGUCUAUUAACUGCAACAGUAGCUUCUCGUAUUCACCGGGCAGCCCAGCCUGCCCUACUCUAUUUGGUACCGUUCACUUUAUUGCCGCUCCUCACCAUGGCCUAUUUAAAGGGCGAUCUACGCCGCAUGUGGUCUGAGCCUUUCCACUCCAAGUCCAGCAGCUCCCGUUUCCUGGAAGUAUGAUGGAACAGAUAGAAAGUGACCUGAACUUCUGCCUUGGUCCUUUUCACUUUAACUUGUGGCUUUGUCGUCUCCUGCCAUCUGGACUGGCUGGUACUUGGGAAGGUACCAAUUAUGAGACUUGUAUGAAAGGACUUUGUAUUAAAAGGAGGAAAAGAAAAAGAAAAAAGCUAAGAUCCUGGAGCUCCGCGUGACUCCGUAUCUCCCUGCAGAUGUGGAAUUGGGGACCCUUUGUGCAACUGCAGCCACUUUCCUCUUUUCCUCACUCAGAUGGAUUAGUACCAGACUAUUACCUUUGUGAGCGGAAGAGACACACUUGAAACUGAAAACGGCUUGAAGUCGUUCAAAAACUUGUGAACACUAAAAGAAAAAAAACGGUUUAAGCAAACUGAAGCUUCUUCAGAGAACCCCUCGUGUACAUUGGGACCAGUUUCCUGCUGGACUUCGGUUUUGAAAAGAACUGAGACAGAAGGUCUUCUGUCACAAUAUUGGGUUUUUUGAUUUAUUAAAUAUUUCCUGUGGUGUGAGGUUACUUAUUAA